AUGGCGUCGACAUAUGCCCUGCCCGUCACUCCGCGGUCCCAUACGCACAGCCAUGGACGCUCGUCGUCACAGUACACACCCGAGUCUUCGUCGUAUACGGCCAGCCCCAUCAACGGCGCAUCUCCCGUCAGAAAGCACGGCCACAGACACAACCGGUCCGAGGUGAACACCAAUGGCCAACUAUACGGCGCAGUGCGUUCCCAGUAUGCUGAGUACAAUGGCCACUCUCACUCUCACCCCCACGACCAUGCCCAUGAGCACAAGCACGCCCACGCGAGAUCAGCCUCAAACGACUCUACAUACACCCUGAAGCCCUUCCUCAAUCCCGCCAUGGGCAGGUCCACAGGCAGGCCGCGAGGAGAGUCUGACCUUGGGCGCCCUCCGUCAAAAACUCCCCUUGCCAAAUAUGGCUUCUCGUCAGUGUCGCCUAUACAUGAGACGCCUCCACAUGCGCCGUUGCCUUCAACGUCCUCAUCAUGGCUGCAACUCCCUGAGGCACUUACUGCCCUCCUGAUUCCCCUCCCAUAUCUUCUCGCCGCCUUGGCAUACCCAAACAAUGCUCGGUCCUCACUGAAACCGCCAUCGUCGUUGUCAGAAGCCAUGGCAGAAAGUAUACCUGCGAUAGAAUCCAUCAAAGCCUUACCCGGGGCGCCACUAUUGCACGCCCUCACUCUUUCUUCGGCGACACUACUGUUAGUAGGUGUGGCAGCCAAAGUCAGCUCCACGCUGCAGCCGUUGGAUAGACGGAAGGAAGACAAAUUCACCCCAAAGGUUACCAAUGCGCCUAAGCGCAUUGCCAGCAAUGCUUUUAGCGUACUCCUGCCUUUCUACGCCUCCAUGCAGAUUGGCGGCGCAAAAACCGCCCUCAUCUUGCUCAUCGCAGUAGCAGCAGGGAUUGGAGCGUUGGAUCAAAAGCCAGGCAACCACACACUCUGGGACGAUGCCCGACGGACACUGAGGACGCGCAAGAUGACUUGCGGUGCGCUUUUCCUAGCUAUGUUCGCAGAUGUCAUGACUUCUGAAAGUAUCUCAAACCUUCUGAUCGGCUAUGCAGCCCUUUUGGCUUCGAUUUUCUGGGUUCCCCCACCUCUACCUACCGCGGCCUGGUCACUCAUGACCAACCCACAGAACCAGGAUUCAUUCACGAGCCAACGGCCUCUUCGCGCCUCGCUGCCAAAGCCUUCGUCCCCACUAAUCAACACCUCCGAAAACCAGCUUCUUACACUUGCUGCGGGUCUUGUUCUCCUCGUCAGCACCGUUGUAUACUCGUUUAUUGCUCCUUCUGGAUCCUUUUCUCUGUCUCAACAUACUGUUGGCUUUUCGGCCCUCUCAAUUGCAUCAGCGACGGCGCUUGUCUACUUUUCUCUUCCAGCAUCAUUGCGGAGUCAGAAGCAAGUCGGAUUACGGCUGAGCGUUAUUCUUGUUUUUGCUUUUAGCUUUUUGGAACAUGGUGGCCAUCUGAACAUUGCAUUCCCUUUUGUGUCCGCAAUACUUAUUGCAGCCGUCGCUUUUGAUACACGCUCUCCAGUACCACAUUCCCAUGACCAUGCACAUGCUCAUGAUCAUGGCCAUAAGCAUGACCAUCAUCUCCACGGAAACCACUCGAGAAUAUCCGCAUUUUUGAUCGCACGCUCUACCCCUGGAUCUAUUAUACAUAGCAUUCUGAUCGAAAGGGAUUCGCGGCGCAUUGCAUACUUUGGCGUACUGAAUCUGGCCUUUAUGAUGGUCCAAUUCUUCUACGGCUUUGUGAGCGGCUCCUUGGGCUUGCUUACGGAUAGUAUUCACAUGCUCUUUGAUUGUGCUGGUCUUGCUGUAGGUCUUGCUGCUGCAGUCAUGAGCAAGUGGCGUCCAAACGCACGUUUCCCCUACGGCUAUGGCAAGAUUGAUACGCUGUCUGGGUUUGCAAAUGGCGUUUUUCUCUUACUUGUCAGCGUAGAAAUCAUAUUCGAUGCUUUUGAGCGCCUCUGGGAAGGCCAUGAGCUUCAGCGCCUGAACGAACUGCUAAUUGUUAGUAUAUUGGGGUUCUUGGUUAACAUAGUUGGUCUUACGGCUUUUGGACAUGCUCACCAUGGCCAUGGGCAUGAUCAUGGGCACGAUCACGGUCACGAUCACGGACACGGACAUUCGCACGACAACGAAAACAUGCAGGGAAUCUUCCUUCACAUCCUCGCCGAUGCUCUCGGCUCCGUGGCCGUCAUCAUCUCUACGCUUCUGACCAAGUACUACGGCUGGUCUGGAUGGGAUCCUAUUGCGUCGUGCAUCAUUGCCAUCUUGAUCUUUCUUUCGGCCAUUCCUCUUGUCAAAUCCAGUGGAGCGAGACUUAUGCUCAGUCUAUCAAGUGAUGUCGAGUAUGGUAUCAGAAACGCAUUAGGAGAGCUGGGUACAUUGAGAGGUGUGGUGGGCUAUGCGGUGCCCAAAUUCUGGCUUGAAGAUGAAGGAGCCGCGCAUGGUGAGGCUCACGCAAAGGAACAUGCUUGCGAUGGACAAAAGCACGGAGAUGAACCCCAUGACCACCACGAACACGACCAUUCGCACUCGCAUUCGCAUGAUCACAACCAUGACCACUCUCAUUCUCAUUCGCACUCACACGAUCAUCAUGACCACGACCAUGGCCACGACCAUGACCAUGAUCACGCACCAAAACAACGGCGCAUUCUUGGUGUAAUCCACGUCAUUGCCUCACGUGUUGCAGAUCUGGAAGACGUCCGGGAGCGCUCGUACCAAUUCCUCAAGGACCGUGGCAUGGACGUCGUUAUUCACGUGGAAAAGGAAGGCGAAAGCCGAUGUUGGUGUGGCGGUGGUAACGACUACAAGCAGAGUUAG